UCUCGAGCUUGUAAAUAGUUGAUGAAAGUAUUGUUGAGAAAUUUGUCUUGUUCAUUACUUCGUCAGCAGUUUCCCUCAAUUAGUUUCGCGUUCAAAUCAUUCAUUCCUACAACCAGUCAAGUAAGAUAUAAGCAUAUAAUGUCAAUUAGUGAUAAUUUAGCCAAGCUUGGUUUAGAUGAACCAACUACUGUAUUGGCCAAUUCAACCCCAAAAUUUAAUGUUGUUGAUGUUUUUAGAAAUUAUAUUACUUCUGAAUUACAUAGAUUAACUGAAAUUGAUUCUCAACUUAUCUUUAAUGCUUUAAAUACUCCUGCUACUUUAGAUAAAGGUGAUUUAAUUUUACCAUUACCUCAAUUAAAAUUAAAGGGUAAUCCAAAGGAAAAAGCUGGAGAAAUUGCUGAAAAUUUCAAUAAAGGUAAAUAUGUUAAAGAAAUUAUUGCUCAAGGUGUAUUUUUACAAUUUUAUUUUAAUGAAACUACUUUACUGAAUUUAACUAUUCAUGAUUCAUUAACUAAUAAAACUAAUUAUGGUUCAUUACCAAUUGGUGAAGGUAAAAGUGUUGUUGUUGAAUUCUCAUCUCCAAAUAUUGCUAAACCUUUCCAUGCUGGACAUUUAAGAUCAACCAUUAUUGGUGGAUUUUUAAGUAAUCUUUAUGAAAAAGCCGGUUAUAAUGUUACUAGAAUUAAUUAUCUUGGUGAUUGGGGUAAACAAUUUGGUAUUUUAGCUGUUGGUUUUGAUAGAUAUGGUAGUGAAGAACAAUUGGCUGCUGAUCCAAUUAAUCAUUUAUUUGAAGUUUAUGUUAAAAUUAAUAAAGAUAUUACUGAAGAAGGUGAAAAUUCUGCUACUAAUGAAGCUGCUAAAGCUUAUUUUAGAAAGAUGGAAGAUGGUGAUGAACAAGCCUUAAAAAUCUGGUCAAGAUUUAGAGAUUUAUCUAUUGAUAAAUAUAUUGCUACUUAUAAACGUCUUAAUAUUAUUUAUGAUGUUUAUAGUGGAGAAUCUCAAGUUAGUCAAGAAUCUAUGAAAGAUGUUGUUAAAUUAUUUGAAGAAAAGGGUUUAAUUCAUGUUGAUAGAGGUGCUAAAUUAAUUGAUUUAACUAAAUUUAAUAAAAAAUUAGGUAAAUGUUUAAUUGAAAAAUCUGAUGGUACAUCACUUUAUUUAACUAGAGAUGUUGGUGAAGCCAUGAAAAGAUAUAAUAAAUAUAAAUUUGAUAAGAUGAUUUAUGUUAUUGCAUCUCAACAAGAUUUACAUUGUCAACAAUUCUUUGAAAUUUUAAAACAAAUGGGAUUUGAUUGGGCAUCAAAAUUAGAACAUGUUAAUUUUGGUAUGGUUCAAGGUAUGUCAACUAGAAAGGGUACUGUUGUUUUCUUAGAUAAUAUUUUACAAGAAACUAAAGAAAAGAUGCAUGAAGUUAUGAAAAAGAAUGAAGCUAAAUAUGCACAAAUUGAAGAUCCUGAUAAGAUUGCUGAUUUAAUUGGUAUUAGUGCUGUUAUGAUUCAAGAUAUGCAAUCUAAACGUAUUAAUAAUUAUGAAUUUAAAUGGGAUAGAAUGACUUCAUUUGAAGGUGAUACUGGUCCAUAUUUACAAUAUGCUCAUUCAAGAUUAAGUUCUGUUCAAAGAAAAUCAGGUAUUGAAGAUUCUGAAUUAGUUAAUGCUAAUUUAGAUUUAUUAGUUGAACCAUGUGCUCAUAAUUUGGUUAGAACCAUUGCUCAAUAUCCAGAUAUUAUUAAGAAAGCUUUAAAGACUCAUGAACCAUCAACUAUUGUAACAUAUUUAUUCAAUUUAACUCAUAUUGUUUCUCAAUGUUAUGAUAUUUUAUGGGUUGCCGGUCAAGAAAAGGAAUUAGCUGUAGCUAGAUUAGCAUUAUAUGCUAGUGCCAAGCAAGUGUUAUAUAAUGGUAUGACCUUGUUAGGUUUAACUCCAGUUGAAAGAAUGUAGAUUGACGAUACUUUACAACUAUACAUAGUACUAAUAAACAUUAUACAUAGAAAAUUUAAAUCAUAACCACUUGAAUAAAUUUAAGAAUUUGAAUAAAUUUAAGAAUUUGUAGUCUUGAAAUUAAUUUUACAAUUACAAUUACAAUUACAACUACAA